AUGCAAGCUGCCCAUCGACGAGGCAAGCAACCGACGCCGCCGCCGGAUCAGCAAGCAGCCGCCAGUCGUCGACAGCACGGCAUCAUGGCCGACCAGCAGACGCCCGUCGUCAUCGUCGGCGCCGGGCUCGCCGGCCUCGUCGCAGCCUUCGAGCUCUCCCAGCGCAAGGUGCCGACGCUCGUCGUCGAGCAGGAAAACGCCUCCAACCUCGGCGGUCAGGCGUUUUGGUCGCUCGGCGGCCUCUUCGUCGUCGACUCGACGGAGCAGCGCCGGAUGGGCAUCAAGGACUCGCGCGAGCAGGCCAUGCGCGACUGGCUCGGCUCCGCCCGGUUCGACCGCGAGACGGAGGACUAUUGGCCGCGCCGGUGGGCCAAGGCCUUUGUCGACUUUGCCACGGACGACAUGGAGGCCUACGUCAAGGCCCGCGGGCUCCGCUUCAUGGCCAACGUCGGCUGGGCCGAGCGCGGGGAUGGCUCCGCCGACGGCCACGGCAACUCGGUCCCGCGGUUCCACAUGACAUGGGGCACCGGCCCGGAGCUCGUCAAGGUCUUUGCCGAGCCGGUCCGGAAGGCCGCCGACGAGGGCCUCGUUCGCUUCCGCUUCCGUCACGUCGUCGACGAAAUCAUGGUCGAGUCGGGUCGCGCCGUCGGCGUCCGGGGCCGCGUCCUCGAAGCCGACGAUUCGCCCCGCGGCGUCAAGUCGUCGCGCGCCGUCGUCGACAAGUUUGAGAUUCGCGCCAGAUGCGUCCUCGUCUCCUCGGGCGGCAUCGGCGGCAACGUCGACGCCGUCAAGGCCGCUUGGCCCGUCGAAAGCAUGGGCCCCAAGGUUCCGGAUCACUUCGUCGUCGGCGUCCCCGCCCACGUCGACGGCCGCAUGAUCGGCAUCGCCGAGUCGGCCGGCGCGAGCAUCGUCAACCGCGACCGCAUGUGGCACUACACCGAGGGGCUCCAGAACUGGGACCCCAUAUGGCCCGGCCACGGCAUCCGCGUCCUCUCGGGGCCGUCGUCGCUCUGGCUCGACGCCACCGGCAAGAGGCUGCCGCCCUUUCUGUUCCCGGGCUCCGACACGCGUGCGACGCUCAAGCACAUCUGCGCCACGGGCUACGACUACACCUGGUUCAUCCUCAACCAGACCAUCAUGGCCCGCGAGUUCAGCCUCUCCGGCUCGGAGCAGAACCCGGACGUCACGGGCAAGAACAUCUGGCUGCUUCUGACUCGCAUCUUCGGCGCCAAGGGCACCGUCCCCGUGCAGAAUUUCCAAAAGCACGGCAAGGACUUUGUCGUCCGCGACACGCUCGAGGCCUUGGUCGAGGGCAUGAACAAGCUCGCGAGUGAACGUCGAGGCCCGGCUCUCGAGCUCGACAAGAUCAAGGACGUCAUCGACGCCCGGGACAGCCAGAUGAACAACGGCUACGCCAAGGACGCUCAAGUCAUGCUCAUAAACAACGCAAGGUCGUACUGGCCCGAGAAGCUCAGCCGCGUCGCGAAGCCGCACAGGAUCCUCGACAAGGCCCACGGCCCGCUCAUCGCCGUCCGCAUGAACCUGCUGACGCGCAAGACGCUCGGCGGCAUCGAGACGAAUCUCGACAGCAACGUCAUGCGAGCCGACGGCACCCGCUUCCCGGGUCUGUACGCCGCCGGCGAGGCGGCCGGCUUUGGCGGCGGCGGCGUUCACGGAUACAACUCCCUCGAGGGUACCUUUCUCGGCGGUUGCAUCUUUUCGGGCCGCGCAGCCGGCCGCGCCAUGGCCGAGGAAUCGGCGCAGGCAUCGCCGUGA